AAUAAUCUCAAAAAGUUAUAGGAAUUAAAUUGUGAAAGAUUAAAAUAAACAUUGCAGGGGUCCAAAAGACUAUUUUUAUCUUAAUUCUCUAUUCCCAAACUAAAUUCGUAUUCAUUUACAGUCUCCUAAAUCUCUCACUAUAGUAGCAGGAAUUUAAAACAAAGACUCUACAAAUGACCAUAAACAUAAUUAAAAUGCAGCCAUCACUUUUUUUUUUUUUUUUUUUUGAAAAUUGAAAAACAAGUGAAAUUUCACUGUGGAGAGAGGCCUACUACAAGGAGGACAUUAGCCUUGAAUCACUUGUUUAUUUUUGUCUUUAAACGUGUUUGGAGGUUUGGAUCCACUAAAUCCUAGCUGUUAAUUUCAAGGAAGGUCAGGGAAACAAGAAGUCUCUCCUAAAACAGCUUUGGGGUUAAAGCAAUCGGAUGUUAUCUAGCCAGUCCUGAAUUAAAGUUUUCUGAAAGCUGUCAUGGGCAAGCGAGGCCAGGCGAGGCGGCGGCCUGGGUAAGUACUUCUGGGCCUGGUGCAGGUCUGGGAGCCCACAAAAAGACGGCUGCCUGAGGGUCGCCAAAGGGGACAACCCGGGCUCCGGUGGGAGGAAAGGGGGAAGCCCGAGAGGGCGGGCGCGCCACGCUGCCCAAGCCCGGCGAAGGAAGGGCGGGGAGCGGCGGCUCUGGGUGGCUCUGGAUACAUUUACGCAUGUUUGUAAAACUAAUCUUUAGUGUUCAUUGUUCCUGCUGGUUAUUCGCAUGGCCUAAUUACGUGAGGAAAACAGAAUGAAAGAAAAUGGAUGGAAAGCAACACCGCUAGCGGCCGAGUUCUUAGAAAAGCAGAAGUUCGUCGUCCCUCCUCGCACGCACAGCGAGUGCUGGGAAGUGGCCUGCAUCCUGCCCUGAUUUGGGGGCCUCGCGGUUCCCCUCCCGACAGUGCCCCAACCACCCGCUGCUUGGCCGGCUCUCCUGUUUGCAGAGCCCCUGCCCGUGCCGCACGCCCAGGGCCGCGGAAUCCCGAGCCGCUCCGGCCUGCGCCCCGCGCCUCCAGGCACCAACUUCUCCGUGGGACUGGCCCGAACUUUCCCGAACCGCACUUGGCGGCGCCGCGGCCGAGGUCCCGCGAGGACUCCUCCGGCGCGGCGAAUGCUCGCUCCGGCCGCCGCCGCCGCCGCGCGGGUCCUGGGUCAGGGAGAGGAGCCCCAAGUAGCAUCCAGAGGCCGCCUGGACUCCCGGGCCCCGGCGGAACCUCGGCCCCAAGACGCGAGGACGACUCGCGAGCGCGGCGGGCCUCGCCCCCUCCCUCCCCGCCCUCCGCGGGCUCCAGCCUGGACCCUACCUGGCUCCCAGGCCGGGCGCGAGCAGCAGCCGGGGGCGCGGAGGCCCCGCGCGCGACGAGGGCGACGGGGGUUGGAACGACAGCGGCCCGCGCGGCUCCCACGCUUCCGCCGGAGUCAGGAGUUGAACAUUCCGCCUCUCUGCCCGGCGCCAAUGAGGAAGACAGUCACGGCAACAGCACCACCUACCUCCCGGCGCGGAACGGCCGGGCAGCCCUCCCCUCACACGCGCGGGCGAGCGGGGCGUGGGGAAGGCGCUUGGGCCUCCCUGGCCUGCGCCCGGGGGCACCAUCCGCCCCGCGCCCCGGCAUCCGCCGAGGCCCCCAGGCACACCUGCCCUGCUGUCGGGGGAGAGCUGUGGGGGUGUUCCCCCUGGCCACCAUCUUUUUGACGAGUUAACACCACCUGCUACUCCUUCAACUCAGUCUUCAACAAACAGGCGCGGGGGACGCAAAGAAAUAGAGGCUGUUUUGUGCCCUGCAAGAGUUAAUUCUCUAGUUGGGAAAGGGACAAACGUAGAGAUUUCUGGGAACACAGGUCUGAAGGCUGCCUCCCUAGAAAGAUCAGUAGGUACCUCUGGAAUUUUGAGGAGGGGCCGUGGUCCGCUGCUGUAGUUGGUAACUUUAACAGAGCAGAGUUCAGAUGAGGAACCAGAGUCCAUUACAGGCCUAAGCCAAAGGUAGAGGUGGGCGUUGGGAAGAAAAGAAAUUUCUGAUUGGGGAGGAUGGUUUUGUGAAGGAAAAGUGCGAGGAGGUGGCAAGGCAUAGGCAACAUUAUCCAGGAGUUUGGAUUUGAAUUUUAUUAUCCAUGGACACCGGGGAGCAGUGAAAAAUUAGAAUCAAAGGGGUGAAAUGGGUGUUUGUGUUUUUGUUUAAACUGUAAUUUUGAGAGAGUAGCCCACAGUAGUUGUAGGUUGGGUUGCUAGGAUGGGACCAGGAUGAGUGGUAGAUAUUGUCACCACCCGGUUGUGGGAUCAUGAGGACCUGAGUUAGGGUGUAGGAAAUGGAAUUAAAAAAAAGAAAUGGGCUAGGUGUGGUGCUUGUAAUCCCAGCACUUUGGGAGAUCAAGCUGAG